AUGGCCAGUAAGUCUCAUACGAACUCCACAACAAGUGGAAGAGGUGCUUCCACUCAGGUGUACAUCUGUGGGGGCUACAAUGGGAUUCAGUGUCUGUCUACCGCUGAGUGCUAUGACCCACGGACCAAACGCUGGACCCCUAUCACUCCAAUGAGAGUUCCCCGAUGUGGUGUUGGAGUCAUAGCAUACAAUGAUAAAAUCUACGCGGUUGGCGGUUCUGAUAGGUCCAGUUGCUUGCAGAGUGUGGAGGCCUAUGACCCGUUGACAAACCGCUGGUGUGCUGUGGCCCCCAUGUUCAACCCGCGCCAAGGUUUUGGCAUCGAGGUGGUGGAUGACCUUAUGUUCGUGGUGGGUGGUUUCAAUGGGCUCGAAAUCACCUGAAAAGUGGAGUGCUAUGAUGAGAAGACAGGCAGCUGGUACCGCGCCCAGGAUAUG